AUGCUGCGCACACUCGCACGAACAGGUGCUCCACUGCGAGCACCCUCGACCGCGCCCACCCGGGCCGUCCUCACCUCCGCCUCCUCGCCGACCUUGCGCCCGCUGUCGUCCUCGGCCCUCCUCCUCGCCCGCUCCACCCGCGAGCGCAAGCCCGUCGCCCAGCUCAAGCACGACUCGUCACCCGCUCCAGCCUCCCCACCAGGCAGCGCCGGCAACAAGAUCCAGACCAUCCCGUUCCAGCUCGCACCCGAUGCCGCCAUCCGUGUGAGCGAGACGGCCGCCGCCUCGGCAUUCGGCGUCCAGAGCGUCUUCCGCCUCCUCACGUCACGGUUCCUCAAGCGCUGGUUCGGCUUCCACCUCGACGACGACAUCCGCCAGAUCGCCUUCACCCCGCUCCUCGUGCCCGUGUGGAAGGUCGACCUCGCCAUGAGGGGCAAAGCCCUCGUCGGCGACGUCCAGAUGCAGCUCAACAUCACCGCCCUCGACUCGUCCCUACCUGGCUUCCGCCUCCCUCCCCUCAGCGACCUCACCGUCUCUCCGCCCUUUGCCUCUGAACCCGUCCCCUUCUCCUCGGCCGAGCACCUCAACCAGCACGGCCAGGACAUCACCCUCGUCCCCUUCACUCGCCACCCGCUCCACCUCGUCAACAAGCUCAAGGCGUUCCCGCGCAAGUUCUCGGCGCCGGCCGCCAACGAGGACGGCGAUGACGAGCCUGGCGCGAGCCUCGACCCCAAGAGCUUCGACGAGACGCUCUUUGCGGCGUACCCGAUGUACCUCCCGCUGUACCUCGGCGAGUUUGCGCACGAGGGCGCAGAGGGCGAGCGGCGUGUCACGACGGCGGCAUUCGCGACCGUCGACGGACCGGCCUUUGCCGUCUACCCGCAGUUCCUCGAGCCGCCGACCUGGCUCCCUCCCUCGGACUCGGUCUCGCUCAGCAUCACGGGCCGGCCCAUCCUGUCGCCUUCGAGCGCGCCGCCCGCACCCGCCGAGGUCGCCGGCCUCCAGCCCCGGCUCCUCAAGGCGCUCACCGAGUUCAAGGACGAGGCCGAGGAGGGCAGCUUUGACUUGCUCGACCCGGUCGAGGGCGAUGUCGAGGAACUCGUGAGGGGGCACGCGGGCGCGAUGGCGUACGGCGAGUGGGCAGACGUCAACCGGGCGUACGUCGAGGCGCAGGGCGAGCUCGAGACGGCGCAGGCCAUGCUCGAGCAGGUCGAGGCGCUUCCCGAAGCCGCCCGAGGUCUCCUCCUCUCGUCGCGCGGUCCGCGACUCUCGAGCCGGCAGGACCUCGUCGGCGACAUGCAGGGCAAGGUCGACGCCGCGCGCGACAAGGUCGACGAGGUGCGGCCGGCGUGGAUCGCCGAGGGACGGGCUGCGGCGGGUGCGGCGGCGCUCGGGGCGGGACGGGGAGCUGCCGGCGAGGAGGAGAAGUAGACGAAGCGGGAGCGGGGCGUGCUAUUGAGGCAUGCUGCGUCGUCGCAG